GAGCGGAGUUCAGGUCCUCGAGCGAUAUCGUCGCAGGUUCGGCGUAGGGGCGCGGGUGAUCAUACCAACGCUGAUCUUGAGUUCUCUUCUGCCUCUUCGCACGACACACACACGCGCGCGCGAUGCUAUUGGACAAGACGUUUGACUGCUCAGGCUGGGAGAUCCACUACAAAAUCAUCGAGUCGUCGCCCGCGCUCGCGCACUCUGCUCAGCAGACGCUCGUCGUUGUGCACGGCACCCCUUGGUCCUCCAUCGUCUUCGACGCCAUCUCUGCAGCCCUUUUGGCCAGCACGCCCAACUUGCACAUCCUGCUGUACGACCUACCGGGUUAUGGCCAAUCGCAGUACUAUAGCGGCGCGCAACAGUUCCGCGACUUUGAUGGCGACACGUCUGUAGCUUUUCAGGCAACGGCACUCGUUGCCCUGCUCGAGGAGACGCGCAUCAGCAACCCGCUCGUCGUCGCGCACGAUAUAGCCGGCGCUAUAGUCCUUCGCGCGCACACGUUGCACAGCCUGGAGCUGAAGUCGCUCCUGCUCAUGGACACCAACACGGUCCUACCUUGGGGCGACGGGUUCUACAAGCUCGUUCGCGCUAACCCGAGCGUCUUCUUGGACAUGCCACCGCAGAUCCACGAAGGCGUCGUCCGCUCCGUAAUCCGCAGCGCCUGCCACCAUACCGUACCACAGCAGAUGGAGGACGCUCUCGCUGCUCCCUGGCUAGGCGCAGAGGGGCAACGCAACUUUGUACGUCAGAUCGCACAGGCCAACGACGCGGACGUGCAGGAGAUGCUAGACUGUCGUGCGUACGAGGGGAAGGUCACGUGUGCGGUCAAGGUGCUCUGGGGGGAGGUGGAUGGGUGGAUACCGCGUGGCAAGAUGGAGACGCUGGUUGAGAUGUUGGGCACGGCAAGAUGUGGAGAGGGGCUGGUCAUCGUGCCUGAGGCUGGACAUCUAUUGAUGAUCGAUCAGCCUGAAAGGGUCGCGUUGGAGGUUGGCGAGUGGGUGAGGAGCGCGUGACCUCAAUGGCAAAGGCCUUGCAUUGCAGGCUGUGCUUGGGCGUGGGAGAUCCAGGCGACCAGACGACGCUUCUCACUGCACACCGCCAUCGUAUCGUGCUGCCACCAGUCGUUCGUGCUGAAGCGCAAGGGCGACUGAUUCGAGGUGGGCGGUAGAGUGCGUUCCCCCGCGUGAGCGGAGUCGCGGCUGGGCCUCCACCAGGCCGCGGAACCUGAGGUGAUGCAGCG